UAGAUUGUAGAAAAGUACAAGAAGGAAGUGGCCUAGAGUGAGCGAGUAAGCAAAGUAGAUGGUAGUGCUCGGAGUGCAUACUGCACAGAAUAAAUUGAAAUAGUAGAUGGCGGGAGUGAUCUCGUGUGAUAUAACUGUGUUAGAUUAGUUUUAAAAUUUUAGUGUAAAAUAAAAAAUAGUUAUUAAAAUGACUAGAGCUAAAAUAGAACUCGGCGACGUGACACCGCAUAACAUAAAACAAUUAAAGAAGCUGAACACAGUCGUAUUCCCUGUGUCAUACAACGACAAAUUUUACAAAGACGUUCUAGAGGCUGGCGAAUUGGCCAAACUUGCAUAUUACAAUGAUAUCGUGGUGGGUGCCGUCUGCUGUAGAAUAGACAUGUCAGAGAACUCCAGGAGACUGUAUAUAAUGACGCUAGGCUGCCUGUAUCCUUACAGAAGGUUAGGAAUAGGCACUCUAAUGGUUGAGCAUGUGCUAAAGUAUGUUGAACAGGAUGGCAAUUUUGACAGCAUUUUCUUGCAUGUACAAGUCAACAAUGAAGGUGCAAUAGAUUUUUAUAAGAGGUUUGGCUUUGAGAUUGUUGAAACGAAAGAACAUUACUACAAACGAAUAGAGCCGGCCGACGCUCAUGUCCUCCAAAAGACUAUUAGAGAACCACAGUCUGCGCCGUUAAUGAAUGGGACUGUGCCUCAUGCUAAGACCAAUGGACACGAUUGAAACGAACCAAGGAUUCUCAAUGUCUCAACUCAGUUGUUAUUGCACAUAGCCUCAUUUACAUGAAGAGUGACUACUUGACGAUACAAUAAAUUGAAGUAUUACUACUAAAAGUUGAACAAAUGAAUUGUACAAUAUUCUGAUAAAACCAUACAAUAGGCUAGUUGACACUUUUUUAAAUGUCUUAAAUAGUUCAUUAUCGUUCUACUAGACUGAAAAAAGUUUUUCAUAUUUUUUUGAGACAUGAUUACCUGAAAAUAUUAGUUUUUAAAUAUGUUUUUGACAAUACAAGCCAAAACGCCAGUCAGCCAUGACAGUCUAUAUUUCAACUGUUUUAUGACGUCACUACAAUAAAUCCCAUACAAAUGGAGCGUUUGACAAAAAUAGUUAUCAAUUAGUUCGAUGUUUGGUACAUCAAGGGUAUUAGUGACGUCACAAAAUGGACGACAGCGUUUUUGAUGUUUGGAAAAUUUGAAAAAUACGUGAUAUAUAAAUUGAGUUUUAUGAGAAAUCCUUAACUUUCAUAUUUCAUAUUUCCACGUACUACACGAAAUGAAUAUUGUUUAUAUUAAAUUUGAUAUGAUUCAAGUAACCUAUUGCUACUUCCAAUUUUUUGGAGUUCUUAAAUUAAGGUCCAAUAAAAUAUGCAAAAUGAUUUUUUUUAAAGAUUUCAAAAGAGAGCUAAACUCUCCAUGUAACUGAGACUUAGCAAGUGAUAAAUAAAAUAAGGAUUCAUAAUCAAGUCACAUAUAUCUACAAUGAACGAUUAUUUGUAACAGUGAAAUAAUAAUUAGUAGGGUUGUGGUUUUUGGACUAUUGUGGCCAUAAUGAUAGCUGAAUUAUGACUGAUUUCAUUCUAAUAUGUCGAAUCUUGUACUGUACAGAUUAUGUGUAUUAUAUGUUGAAGUACUACAUAGAUGUAAUUAAGCUAGGCCUUGGUCACUAAGAGAAAUAUUAAUUGGCAAAAUGUUCAACAAUAUUUUGGCUAAUUAUUAAUAUAAUUCCCAUGACAAAUAUUCUGCUUCAGGAAUGCAAUGAAAAGGAAAAAAAAUAUUGGUUUUUUAUCUUAAAUUUUAAUCUCAUUAUCAUGAUUAUUUGUAGCAAUUCACAUGUUUGAUUCAAAACAUUUAUAAGGUAAAAUAAAAAUAAUUAAAUGAAGUGUUUUUGAUAAGACUGGAACUAGACAUAUGGUGGAAAAUAAUAUUGCAGGCCAGAUUUACAAUGAAAUGUCAUGGUGAUGCCUAUAAUUUCACAUUUUUAUAUUAAUUAAUUAAAAUACAAAAAACUUGGCAUACAGGUCAUAGGUAUCCUUGUGUAUAUUUGUGUACUGUUACCAUUGACCUCUUAUAAUAAAAGGGUGCACAAUCAUGUAGAAAUAUUCACUUAAAAACUGGCCAAUUUUGCUUUGACAGUUUUAGAAUUAUUGGUAAAGAAAAUUAUACCUAAGGGCCUUUAAAUAUAGUCCAAUAUUCACUAAAAUCCCAAAUUCAGAGCAAAUUCAACCUUAAGUUGAGUUAUAAGGAGUAAACAUUGAGUUUUAAGGUUGCAUUUGGAAAUGCAACUACUUGAAUUAAGUGCCAAGAAGUUGUGUUUGGCACUCAUUAAGGGGACGUUUUUUGGUCGCUGAUUGUGCAUCCAUUUUUUAAUAGGAGUUCGAUGACUGUUACCAAUGAUCUUUUUACUUUCCAAAAUGCGCCUAUCUGAUACAUUUACAGGAAACGGAUUCUAUAAUUUUUGAAAAAUAGCUUUUAGUAUUUGUAAAUUUCUCUCCAUUUUGGAUAAAGUAACAUAAUUUAGCUCUAGGCGUUCUUUUAACUAAACUUGAAUGGCACCAUUUCAGUGUCUAUUUUUUACUGUACUAGAAUAAUAAUGUAAGGUGUAUGAUAAAAAUAGAAAACUCCCAAAUAAUGUCAUUUCAUUUCAAUUCAAAAUAUAACGGUGUAAUUUUAAAAGGAUGUCGCCUCGCAAUUAUUUGAUAUUUUAUGAUUUACAUUUUUAUCAUUGCAUGAAAAAAAUGUAAAAAUGUUGUUGUUUUUGUCAUAACUAAGCUAUAGUAAUACCUAUGUACAUUUAUUAAUUUUAACCCAAAUUUGUUAAAGUAUUUUAUUUUUAUUUAUGUAUAAAUUUCUUCCUCAUUGUUUUAAUAAUAGGUGUUACCAAAAGUCAAUUUGCCCGCUGUCUAAAAUUUUCUUAAAAAUAUAUUUGUUGAUGUAUCAUGUUUCUCUAAAACUUUUAGAUUUAGUACAAUAAACAUGAUUAACAAUUUCAA